GAAAAUUGAGCAAACGCUUUUAAUUACUUAAACAACGAAAGAAAAAGUUGCGUUUUCGAAACCAGCGCCAACCUUUUUGUUUCCAGUAAAGUGGUUCCUUCCAGUAGCGUCCUGCUCGGAGCUUCCCUCCUGACUUAUCCACCAAUAUUUGUUUGAAAGGCAAAGCGGCCAUGAGAAUGAAAGCAACGUCCAGGCCAUAUUUGUCAGUCACGAAGCUGCCUUGACACUGAAAUGGCUCAGAUCCGUCUCAAAAUUCUCCCCUGUGUUCGUUGUCUCUUUGACAAACUGGUUCAAGUCAAAGUCGAGGGUCUCGCUCCCCACAAACAGGUGGAAUUGAGGUCGAGGUUGGUUGAUGACAAAGGGGUGGUAUUCCAAGCUUCCGCCCUCUACCAAGCGGACGAUAAAGGCUUGAUAGAUGUGAGUAGGGCCCCCUCUCUGGGAGGAAGCUACACUGGAGUGGAGCCCAUGGGUUUAUGGUGGUCCAUGGCGCCAGACAGCCCGCACAAAAAACUUGUGAAGAAGAAUGUGCUGAGCCCAACUCUCGUGGAGAUAGCGGUCCACAAUGGAGGUACUGGAGAAGUGUUAGCCUCUGAAACCAAUGAGAGAGAGUACAUGAUGGAGGGGAUGAGGAGGAUUCCUGUCCGAGAAGAACGUGUGCGAGGAGUUCUCUUCAUACCACCAGGCAAGGGGCCGUUCCCUGGAAUUAUAGAUUUAUAUAUUCUAGGUGGAGGCCUCAAUGAGCAGCGAGCCAGCCUCUUGGCAAACAAAGGUUUUGUUGUCCUGGCACUAGCCUAUUAUCGCUAUGAUGACUUACCCAAAAAUCCCAAGAACUUGGAUUUGGAAUAUUUUGAAGAGGCUGCAAACUUUCUACAAAAACAUCCAGAGGUUCACGGUCCUGGGAUUGGCGUCAUUUCAAUGUCCCAUAGCGGGGCUUUGGCUUUGUCGAUGGCCUCUUUUUUCCCAGGAAUCGCAGCAACUGUCUGCAUUAAUGGCUGCAGUGGAAAUACUGUGAUUCCAUUACACUACAAAGACAUAUUUAUGCCCCCACUCCGACCUGUCAUAUGGAAAACCAAAAUUAGGAAAUCUUGGUUGAUUGAUAUACGCGACGUCACACCGGAUCCAACCCUGAACAAAAAUCGUGCAUCUCUGAUUCCUAUCGAGCGAGCCACCUGCCACUUCCUGUUUGCUGUUUCAGAAGAUGACCGCAACUGGAACAGCGCUUUUUUUGCCAAGCAAGCCGCUGACAUUUUGAAAACCCACGGCAAGGAAUCCUUUCAGGUGGUUUCUUAUCCAAAAGCUGGACACUUCUUGGAAGUUCCUCACAUGCCAUUUUGUCCAUCUUCUUUCCACGCUGCGGUGGGACGAGCUGUGGCGUUCGGUGGGGAGCCAAAGGCCCACGCGGCGGCUCAGCUGGACCUGUGGGAGCGAGUCCAAGAGUUCUUUAAUAGACAUUUGAAAAACAAGCACACUUAUUAGCAAGCAUCGAGUGUGCCAGGCAUUCAAGACUCACCUAUUUUACACAAAAUUAAGUCAAUAAAACAAGGACUCUCACACACUAGUUAGUUGCAGUGAACAAAAUAUGUAUUUGAACACCCUGCUAUAUUGCAAGUUCUUACACUUUGAAAUCAUGGAGGCGUCGGAAAUUUUAAUCGUAGGUGCAUGUCCGUCCAAUGUGAGAGAGAUAAUCUAAAAAGAAAAAUCCAGAAAUCACAAUGGUUGAUUUUUUUUUUUUUUUUUUUUAACGAUUUGUUUGUGUGACACAGCUGCAAAUAAGUAUUUGAACACCUGAGAAAACCAAUGUUAAUAUUUGGUACAGUGUGUUCAAAUACUCAUUUUCUUCACUGUAACUGUCUCAACAAUUAUAAAGGUCUAACUGGAUGGCAGUACACUGCUUAACAGUACUAUGAAUGAAUGUCCCCAAAAUAAUAUUGCUUUUUAUUAAAAAAUAUAUACAAAACAUAUUUAGAGACUAAUUUCUGUUUUAUGACAAAAAUAAAUGUGGAAUUGCUGUGAAAUAUUUCCAUCCAUCCAUCCAUUGACUGAGUUUCUUAUCCUCACAAGGGUCACAGGAAUGCUGGAGCCUAUCAUCAGGCAGGAGGCGGGGUACUCCCUGUACUGGUACCCAGCCAAUCGCAGGGCACAUAGAGACAGACAACAGUCGUACACACAAUCACACUUAGGGCCAAUUUAGAGUUUCCAAUUAAUGUGGCAUGAUUUUGAGAUGUGGGGGGAAGCCCACGCUGGCAUGGGGAGCACAUCCAAUCACCACACAGGUAGGCGCAGGAUUGAACCCAGUUCCUCCGAACUCUGAGGCUAAGUGGUGACGCCACCGUUCUGCCGUGCAGUAAAAUCUCCAUCCUAUAUUUAUCUCACAACAACACUAAAACAGUUUAACCGCUUUAAAAUUAGUUAACAAAUCAGAUUACAAAGUGGCUGGACUAUUCUGCUUUGAUUUUAAGUUAUUAGAUUGAUAAAGUACAGUAAAUAACUCUUGUGUGAAACUACUAAGAAACACGUGUUCCAAAUGUUCAUUUUUGAGGAGCCUGUGAGUAAGGACUUGAUUCAUUUCUCAAAGAGUUGAGAUAAGAUGUCGGGGAUAUAAUUUAUGAUGUGUUAAUAUGUCUCUCUGUUACCCACAUCAUCAAUUUUGGAUAUGAUUACUUGCUGUCACACGAUAGACUUGCACAUGCAAGAUAAAGAAGAUUAAACGCAACCCUAAAUAUCUCGUAAUUAAUCAAAUCAUGUUACAGGGGAAAUACAGAUUCAACCGCCAUGUUUGGAUUCCAGCCCACUCGGGAUGAGUCGUGCAAAAGAAAAUGGAGGGACUGGUGUUUAUUUUCCAUGAAGCUAAUACACAAACAGAUGUUUUACUGGACAGCGGAAACCUUAAAAUAUCACUGGGAAAAAAUGUAAAUGGCCCAACAGUGUAAUAUUAAGUGCAAUUUCUGUCAUUUAAAUGGGAAAAAAUGAAAAAAAAAAAAGUCCAUGGACUCACCUGAAUCCCCUUUGCAUUAAGUGCUGUAAAAGCUUUGUAUAGUAUAUAGUAUAUAUAGUAUUAGUAUAAACGUAUUUCACAUUUUGGAUUAUUAAUAACAACCACUGGGCUCAAAAUAGUUUCUCCAUUUCUCUCAGCCAGCAAAGACAAAACACAACAAUUAAAAUGUAUUUUUAAUUCAAUUAAUAUAUCAGCCUGAAUGAUAAUAGGUUUCAUCAGCAACAUGUCUUAUAAUUUAGCUACGUGAUUGGUUGUUUACAAUACAGUACAAUAUGCUGAGUGGAAAUUUUUAAUAAUACAACAGAAUAUAGAAUGGGCGAAUUAAAAUGGCAGUUUUUUUUCGUGUUUGUCAAAAUGAAAAAGUCUUUUUUAAACAUCGGUGGUGCAGUACGAAUGGUUUUAUGUGGGUGAUAGUUUGCGUAUGGAAGUUAUUAAUUAAAGUCUGAUUAUUUUCUGUGGGAAAAUCGUUCAGAAACACUGGAAAGAGAUUAAAGGCAGAGCAGAGUGUGGUCACGGUUUUUCCGCGUCAAGUCCCUCAAACUGACAAUUUUCAUGGAUUUUCAUGAUCCUUUGAGUUUUUACAGUGGACUACCACUGAGGUGUGACAUAUAUUGCACGUUCUCCCACUUAGAAAUCAUGGAGGGGUUUGAAAUUUUCAUCGUAGGUGCAUGCCACUGGUAAAAUAGAUAAUCUAAAAAGAAAAAUCCAGAAUGAUUUUUUAAUGAUUUAUUUGUUGUUGUACAGCUGCAAUAAGUAUUUGAACACCUGAGAAAACCAAUGUUAAUGUUUGGUACAGUAGCCUUUGUUUGUAAUUACAGAGGUAAAACGUUUCCUGUAGUUGUUCACCAAGUUUGCACACACUACAGGAGGGAUUGUG